CUUAACAUUUUCCAGAACCAAUAAUUUCGGUCAUUCCGGUUGUGGAACAUCAAAAUAUUUUAUAAAUCCAAGAUUUGUUAAUCACAGAUCUCUAGGAGGCUCCAAAAGGACUCGACGGCUUUCAGUCGUUAUUGUGGGUUUCCUUACUUCCAAUUACCAAUUUUUAUGGAGUUGCUCGGGGUCUUGUGAUAGUGCCAACACUGAACAUCAUCAUUGAGAGCAGUUAACACGAAAUCUUGUGUCAUCGUCUUGCGGGGUAACUGGCCUUUCAAUCCAAAUAGUUGCUAUAUUUUACAGACCCAUAAAUCAGAAGAGACGGUCUCUGUCAACUCCUUCGCACCAAAAUCCAUUGGAAGAUCUACUUCGGGAACACUCGUCAUUCAAUUGGGUAAAUACACUAUUGACAAAUAGUCGUAUAUUUUACAGGACUAAAGUGGUUAAGAAACCCCACCGUCAUUUCUCUGAACGAAAAGGACCUGAUUUUUAACAACAAAGACGGUGCAUCAGAAAUUUUCGCGCAGUGUCCAUAUGGUAACUUUUCCUUACCUUCCAAAGUGGAAUGAUAUUUUACAGAACUGACGGAAUUGGGGAGAAAAAGCAAAUCGUGUCUGCAUCAAUAUCCUAACCCAACAUGCACACUAUGAGGAUAGAGACAAUCUACACUUCACCAGUGUCAUGGUACGGUUGCGUUCUUCCAUUUGGAUAUUUUGUUUCACAGAACCGAAGGAAAUUCGAGUAUCUGCAUUUGUACCGCCCUCUGAAGCUCAUUAUCUCGAGUUCGUUUGUCGAAGAUGAUUUCGGCCCAAAGAAUGGUAGAAUAGAGUCCAACUCGCUACUAGGAACAUCUAACGUGGUAACCUUUCCUUAUCUUCCAAAUGGGCUUGUAUUUUACAGAACUGAACUUUUCUCUCGUUACGAUUUUAAGAAGUUUUCGGCUUGAUCUUCCCUUUAGAAUAAUUUGGAGAAGAAACCAACACCCAACAUCCUGACCUUUUUGGUAACUACACUAUAUUUUGAAAUAGUUGUAUUUUACAGAAGCAAAAACUGUUAAAAACCGCAAGAUUGCAUGGUGGUAAUUAUAGUUUCACUUAUAAUCGAGAGCUCACGUACUCUGCAGUGAUAGGUCAGUGUAUAGUGAAAAGUUAGUAGGUAUUUAAAGUUUCUUUGUCAAGCUGUCGUGGUACUUCUUCAGCAUGUGCCAUUUGUUUUUUAGAAUUUCGGCUUUUAUAACCAAAAUCCUAUUUGUUAAUUCUAAUUGUUUUACCAUGUAUAUUACUUUGUUAAGUUUAGACCAUAACCGCCAAACUAGAGCACACGAGGACACUUGAAGCUUCCACAUAGGCUUUUCUAACCCAUUGCAAGCACGUUUUACUUGCUUUCUUUGGAAAAGUGUUUUUAAUUUUAAACUAUAUUUGUCACUAGUUUAUAUACUUUCCGUACAAUCUAUUGGAUUUUUGCAUGUAUUUGGUAUUGUUCAAAAGUAAUUGUUCUAUUCAAUGUUUAAUGUUACUUUAACAUAUAUUUCUGGUUAAGGGUUUGCAUGUAAGCCAACGAAUUGUUUUCAUAGUGGUUUUAAAAUCUGAAUGUUCUGUGAAAAUUUCCUAAUAUUGUGGGACACGCUUUGUGAAUAUGCAUGCUAGUUAUCCGUGAUUUGUGAAGUUCAAGAGUUGUGUUUCACUGGUGAGUUCAUUUGUCCACUUUUACCAAAUAAGGGCGUACUUAAGUCAUCACUUCUAAACUGCUUUUGAAACGAUCCAAUUUUUCUUGGAAUCAUAGGAAGAAAAAAUCAACUUUUACAUCAACUAGCUCAUUUCGACUGAUGUGGGAAUGGUUUUUUCAAGCCUCCGCCUAGUCUUCAUUGGAAGAGUUACGUCCCGUGCAAUAGAAAUGGAAUUACAAAUCUUAGGUUUGUAUGCUCAACCAAAUUUUUUUCAUAGGAUGUUUCAACAACUUAAAUAUCAGCAUUUGCAUCAAAAAUAAAAUGCCAGUUCAUUUGAACGAAGAGGAAACAAUUCACUAAGGAAGAAGAAGAAAAGGAUGUCGCAAGAUGCUCAAGAAGAAUGGAAUGAAGAUGAUUGGCUGACAUGAAGAUCGUUUCAAUUUAAAUCUGAUUGAUUUGCGUAAAUCUUUUGAAUGCCGACUGCCCAUUGGCUUUAUUGUUAAAUGGAUUAGAACAACUGGAUUACCUAUGGGCAAUGCUGAUUUUGCUGUAGGAAGAGGAAUCGACGUCGAGGGAUUAGUUUCAAGGAUGAAGAGGAAUGGGCACAUAUUUGUCUGGGAUGGAGACGAUUUGAUGAAACUGGAUUGGAGAAUGGUUUCCAAAGAAGAGGUCAAUUGAGAAGAAUGGAAGAAGAUUCGACCCUAGUUUCCUGAAGAAGAGACAACAUGGACUGGUAAGAAGUUCGACGGCGGAGAUUUGACAAGGAAGAAGUGAGGUGACUGAUGGAGUACAGAAUUCGGCGUGGGACAGGACUACCAAAUGGAAGAUUCGACAUGGGACGGCGUCGCUUAAUGGAGAAGGGGAUUUGGCGUGGGCCAGCAACCACCAAAUGGAGAAGAGGAUUUGACAUGGGUCAACAUCACCAAAUGGAGAAGUUUCAACGUAGGGCUAUCGCCAAUUGGAGAAGAGAAUUAAUUUCGCAUGGUUUUGCAUAAACGACGAGAAGAGGAUUGGAUGUUGGGUAGCACCACCAAAUGGAGAAGAGGAUUGGACGUGAAUCAGCACCGCCAGAUGAAGAGGAUUUGAAUGGGCUAGCACCACCAAGUGGAGAAGAAUGAUGGACGUGAAACGGCACCACCAGAUGGAGAAGAGGAACUAAAUGUAAACGUUCUAUGUGGGAUAGAAUUGCAUGCCAAAUGGAGAAGAGGAGAUUAGCCAACGCCGACAAAUGGAGAAGAGGAUUCGACGCGGGACAGGACUGUAAAAUGAAGAAGAAAUUCCAUGUGAGAGGAUUGCCUGCCAAAUGGAGAAGAGGAUUCGAUAUGGCCCAGUGCCGCCAAAUGGACAUGAGGAUUCAACGCGGGACAGCACCACCAAAUGGAGAAAUUCGACGCGAGAGUAUUGCCAACCAAAUGGAGAAGAGGAUUCGAUAUGGGCCAGUGCCACCAAAUGGAGAAGACGAUUUGACAUGGAUCACCGCCGCCAAAUGGAGAAGAGGAUUCGACGCGGGACCACACCACCAAAUGGAUAAGUUCGACAUGAGAGGAGAUUGCCUACCAAAUGGAGAAAAGGAUACCACAUGGAUCAGUGCCACCAAAUGGAGAAGCGAAUUACACAUGGACCAGUGGCGCCAAAUUGAGAAGAGAAUUCGAAAUGCGCCAGCACUGCCAAAUGAGGAAGAGGAUUCGACGCGGGACCACACCACCAAAUGGAGGAGAGAAUUCUAUAUGGAGGACCAGUUCCGCCAAAUGGAGAAGAGGAUUCGACAUGCGUCAGCGCCACCAAAUGGAGAAGAGGGACUCGACGCGGGACCGCACCAACCAAAUGGAGAAGAGAAUUCCAUAUGGACCAGUGCCGCCAAAUGGAGGAGAGGAUUCGACAUGCGCCAGCGCCACCAAAUGGAGAAGAGGACUCGACGCGGGACCGCACCAACCAAAUGGAGAAGAGAAUUCCAUAUGGACCAGUGCCGCCAAAUGGAGAAGAGGAUUCGACAUGCGUUAGCGCCACCAAAUGGAGAAGAGGAUUCGACAUGCGUCAGCGCGCCAAAUGAAGAAGAGUAUUCAACGCGGGACAGCACCACCAGAAGAGGAUUCAUUAUGGACUACUGUCGCCAAAUGGAAAAGACGAUUUGUCAUGGAUCAGCGCCGUCACAUGGGGAAGAAGAUUCGACGCGGGACAGUACGUACUACCAAAUGGUGAAGUUCGACGAGAAAAGAUUGCCUAAAUACAAGGCAGUGCCACCAAAUGGAACCAUUUGACAUGGAUCAGCGCCGCCAAAUGGUGAAGAGGUGUCUCGACAUUAGCCAACAUCGACCAAGUGGAGUAGCUUUUGACAGAACUAUGGUAGAAAGAAUGAGAAUGGAAAACUGAGUUUUAUGGGCCAGCACCAUCAAAUGGAGAAGAGAAUUAAUUUGGCAUGGUUGCAUACAAUUUGUUUUUACUACUGUAGAAAAAAAAUGGGAGAAGUAAAGGACUUGACGCGAGAUAAAAUGGAGAAAAUCCAGAUGCGAAACAAAACCACCAAAUGGAAGAGAAAAUUUUGGAAUGGAUAGUAUGCUGAACACGCGACUGUUGGAGACCGCUUUCCUCGCGAUAGAUUUAUUGCUUAAUGUUAAUUGGCUUGUUUUGUAUAACUAUUUUUUUUUAAUUUACACCUAUUUAGAAUGUUUUAUGAAAUUGCUCAAGUAUUUUCAUUUUUGUAUGUUAUGUAGUGAAUUGAAGUAAUUAAGUAUGAAACUUUCCAAUUAACAUUUGGAUUGCUUUUUGAAUUUGAAAUAAAUAAUCUCAAUCUGG